AUGGCUAAGAAGUUCACCCGGAAGGGACCCUCGCUGAAGUGGAAUUUUGUCAUGAGGGAAGUCCUGUGCUGCCUGUUUCUUUUUUUUGAUCACGAGAAAAAGAAAUUUCCCGAGAUAUUUACUGAAAUCUUUGGAGACGAGAUCCGUAACCAAGGGAUUGAUCCGCAAGAGAAGGUGACUCAAAAGGUCCUCUAUACCCAGUGGUACUGGAUGCAGCGGGAGACACAUGCAAUAUGGAAUCAUGUGCAUAAAAAAACAAAGUUUCGGGGUGAGGAAUUUAACGGACUCAUUGAAAAGAUUGAGGCCGCUGCAGAACGCCUGGGGCUUUCCAUGGAAAGGACCAAAGAUGACACAGAUCAGUCAGAGCCCGGGGGCCUCUUGAAUGUUGGACGUGGAGAUCGAGCCCUAACAACCCCAGAGCAGCUCUCGGAUUGGCAAAACAAUGAUCUACGUGUGCGCCAAAUGCCCACUCCGUCUACUUUGGAUAGCUAUGCCCAAACGCAUCCAGAAGAUGAAGAGGAUAUGAUGCAUACCAAGGAGUUUGAACCCAUCGUCAACGGCUGCGGGAAGAGAUGUUUUUGGUGUUUUAAGGAGGAACUUGAAAGAGAUAGUUCAAAGCCGGAAGAAAUGGAUGUCCUUCACGAAGCAGACCGAAACGCACACAACAAAUCCGGCAUUGGACACUUCUGGCAAGAGCCCACUGGAAAUGGGCAGCAAGAGAUGGGACCAGAGGAAGCUCCACUCAUUGAGUUUCGAAAAAUUCCUGGAAGAUGCCCACCAUACCAAAUGCCAGCUGUCUUGUUCAGAUGGUAUAACGUUGACUCACAGGGAAUUAAUGCAGAGGACCUCCUUUUGGGAGGUCUCUUUACAGACCCCAAAGUUGACUUGGAGGUGGAUCACCUUCCAAAGCACGAAUUCUUAGAAAUGUUUGAGAACCAUGUUUCAAAGGCAAAAUGCCCAUCGCCAUUCAUUUCGACCUUUCUUCACCCACUCAGCCCAAUACACCGGGCAAUUCGUAAACAAAAACAGGCCAGAGUGACGAUGAUUGAUACAUCGAAGCUCGGAGCCGAUGCGGUUGUCAUCAAAGCAUCAACUCUUGUCCCCAUAACAAACACUCGAACUCGAAAAUGGAGGGGAUUCGGCGAGUACCUGAUCUGGAAGGAAGUUCCGCGGGAUGCCAUUCUGGGUACUUUCAAAAUAACCAGAUUGGAACAGAUAGCGAUGGACUGGGUAGGUAUUGGGGGCUUCCUCCAACUGGAUAAGUUAAGAAACACAAGGUUCAGUGAUCCUACCCUGUACCGUGAAAUUGCUGAUAAUUUGGUUUCAAUGUCUGUCGAGGAGUUGGAUGACGCGUUGGAAAAUCUGAUGAUACUUCUUGAGGUGCCACAUGAGUUCAAGGAGGCCGUCAAACAGAGCUUCAAGAAAUCUUGGACAUCGAUGGGGCAGCUCGGAGGAACUACAGAGGAGCAGGGUCUAGGCCCUCAAAGUUUCCAACAUGGAUUUAUUGGGGUAGCAGACGAUAGUUCUGAAGAUGGAGAGACAUAUCCAUUUGCAGAGACCAAUGACCUAGGAACGAAUGACGAGGGCCCUCAACAUCCACGGCAGGAAGGCGAUCGUCCUUAUAUAGGACAGGCUGAGCCAGAGAUACCCUAUGAGCCCACUCAUCAUGGUAGUGUUAGCAGCUCUGAUACCAGCGAAGAAAGCGAGCCUUACGCGGAUAGCGAGGAAGCAGAACGCUGCCCCCCGAGUCGUUAUGAUACCCCCAGCCCGGAGUUCUCAACACAUGAUGAUGACGACGAAGAUGAUGAUCUCCAUGACAAAAAUGAUGAUCCCCCGGAGGCGACGAUGGAAGGUAUGACCAUUGAAAUUUUUAGCCCAGGCCCGUCAACCCAAGGGCGAUGGGUGCUCUCGCCUGUUCCAAACAACUUUUAUCGACCUGAUGGAGAAUCAGACUCGAACGUGGCAUGA